CUUUGGCUGAGCCUGUGCCAGAGAGAGGAAGAAAAAAAAUCCUGAGAGGAAAAAACACAGCGAAGAAGCAGCCAGUGGAAGAAAACCAUCUGGAGGAACCCGAAUACAGCACCAGUGACAGCAAGGAAAAUACCAAGAAGGUAUUUUGCAAUGGAGGGUCAUGAUGAUUAUUUACUUCUCUUCUACCUGUAACAAUCCAGCCAGAGAAUCUGGUCAGGAAGAAAGGACUCUGAGGGUGCAAUGGCUUUCUUCCUCAAACCACGGCCAUGCACGUGGGACCUUGCCCUGGACUACCACACUGCCAAACAGUUUGAAGUGGAUGUAACCCUGGAUCCAGCCACAGUGGGUCCAGAGGUGAUCCUCUCUGAGGACCUCAAAGAAGCCACCUGGGGUAGACCUCGAUGCCAGUGGCCUGAGGGUCCAGGCCGGUUCGACACAGACCCAUGCAUGCUGGGCAGCGAGGGCUUCACCUCGGGCCGUCACUACUGGGAGGUGGAGGCCAAUGGGCGCUUCUGGGCCGUGGGGGUGGCCCGUGAGUCAGUUCAGAGGAAAGGCCGGGUCCUCUUCAAGCCCAACACUGAAAUUUGGGGCUUGCAGAAGUAUGAUGAGCUCUGCGUUGCUCUCACAGCUCCAUCCAACACCUCUGUCCCACUCCUCAAUGGGGAGAUUGGGGUCUACCUGGACUAUGAGGUGGGACAGGUCUCUUUCUACGCUGUCAGCAGCCGCCAACGUAUCUUCACUUUUCCUGUGGCCUCCUUCAGUGGGGAGAGGGUCUUCCCCUACUUUUGCGUGCUCCUCUCAACCAUUAAACUGUCCCCCAAGGGCUGAUGCCCUGGAAGGAUCCUCCCAAAAGCUGGUUGCAUUACAGUGGUUGGAAAUGCUGGUUGAUGCUCCUCAACUCUUAUUUUCAAAGUCUUGGAGUAAUUUCUAACUCAGUUCAGGGUCCAUCCUUCAUCUUAGAUGUCUCUGUUUUGGGUUGUGCCUAGGGGGUUUUGGGUCUGAGCUCAGCACAGCUCAUCUCAAGUUGUUAAAUUCAUGCAAUGAAUUUAAAAAGCUUAAAAAGGCUCAUUAGCAGGAACUGGACUUCCCUGAGCUUGUUUUGAGCUAAAAACUUCAUUUUUUUCUCCCAAAUACAGCUUCCUCUGGAGGUUCCUUUUGCUGACUUCAGUGCCUAUGAUUGGCUGGGCUUCCAGCACAAAUUAAAAAUCUUGAUUUUGCAGACUUUGUAUUAAUACCAGCAGCUAUUCCUCAUAUUAAAACUGAUUUCGUUAUCA